CGGCCCUGCAACCCAGCGCCCAAACGGGAGCGUGGGGGCGAGCAGCGCCCGGCCCCCGCCCGGGCCCGGGCCCGGCCCCGGCACAGCAUGGUAGCCUGAGCCCCCGCCGCCUCCCCCCGCUUCACGGGCGGCGGCACCGGCACCGCGGCGGCGGCGCUCGUCCCCUCGCAGGGAUCCUCUGCCCCCUCCUCUUUCUCCUUCUCUCUCUCCCUUCUCUGCCGCCCGCCCCCCCCCGGCUGAGUUCAUUCACUGGGAUUGGUUUCAAAUGACGCCAUCGCUUUAUUUUUACACCAAUGACCUCAUCCCAGCAGCUUGAAGUUUACUGACCAGCAAAACUCUUUUUUUUUCUCUCUCCCUCUCUCCCCCUCCUUGUGUCUGUUUGCUCUAAUCAUUUACUAGUAAUUAUUUGGUUCCUUUAGGGAACGUAAGGCUUUUCAGGAAAAAAACCCAACAACUUUCUCUCCCUUUCCCUGGCUUUUCGGUCCUGCUACCCCUCCACCCGCCGGAUCACUAUCCCUUUUUAAUUUUCUCAAGCCAUCUUGGGGGGGGGGGGGGGGGAAGGGGGGAGGAAAAAAGCCUCCAAAUGUUUCCUUUUUCUUCUUCUCUCCCCUCCCACCUUCAAGCUUCCCCCUCUUAAAAAGACCAGGAUAGAUGUUCUUUUAGUUACAGGAAUUUUUUUUAAAUUAUUAUUCAAGAAGAAGGAGAAAGAGGAGCUUUUCCAGCGGCUGGAAGGAGACAAAGUUGGUUCUGGCAGCAGCGGAGAGAGGUGUUUCGCUCUGCUGGCUUCUGUUUAUGGACCACCCUCUGUUCUGUUCAGCCUAUUUAGAAGUUGACUUAAGUGCAGGCAUUUGUAAUCUCACCCCUCUGUGGUCUGCAUAGUGGCAUGUAAGCCAUAGGCUUCUUGUAACCUUGGAAGAGUGUCAAUCAACUGGACUCUUAUUUUUGUCACCCUACCAGCCUUCUUCAGUGUUCUGACAGCUGAGUUGAGCUGAGAUUUGUCCUACCCGAUAAAAAGUGGAGGCUCUUAGUCCAGUGCAAAGCUGAUGGGUAGGAGCAAAGGUAAAGAAUGAUGUAAUGCAGUGGCAGCCAGAAAGCAUCUUUUGUUUGAAUUGUGAAAUGGCCACUCCAUAGUCAUCUCCUGAUGAAUCAGAUGUGAGGGGCUGCUUUGUGGAACAAACCCUUUGUAACGGCACAUCAACUGGAAGCAGGAGGAGACAUUCAGUUGAAGAGCUCUUUCUGAAAAUGGGUUUAACUUUUCUUUUGCCAGUCACUACCAGCAUGACCUCAUACACUUCUAGUACAAUGGUGUGGCUAAGCCUUUGAGUACACAGCCAUUACAUCAUCGCAGCAAAUUAGAGAGGGAGGUGAUAAAAGAGGCCUUAUUGUUGUCAUGGCCGAUGAGAUGAUCAGGACUCAACUCAUUGUCGCUGAGAAGUUGGUGGCUUUGCUGGAGAGCGGUACAGAAAAAUUGCUACUGAUUGAUAGCCGCCCCUUUGUGGAAUACAAUACAUCCCACAUCUUGGAUGCCAUCAACAUCAACUGCUCCAAGCUUAUGAAGCGGAGGCUGCAGCAGGACAAAGUUUUGAUUACAGAGCUCAUUCAGCAUUCAGCAAAACACAAGAUUGAAAUUGAUUGCAAGCAGGAAGUGGUGGUGUAUGACCAAAGCUCUAAAGAUGUGAACUCUCUCUCAUUUGACUGCUUUCUUACUGUGCUUCUGGGCAAACUGGAGAAGAAUUUCAGCUCUGUGUAUCUGCUUUCAGGUGGUUUUGCUGAAUUCUCCAGUUCUUUCCCUGGUCUCUGUGAAGGAAAAUCCACACUCGUCCCUAGUUGCAUUUCUCAGCCGUGCCUACCUGUGUCCAACAUUGGGCCAACCCGAAUUCUGCCUCAUCUCUACCUUGGGUGUCAGCGAGAUGUCCUCAACAAGGAGCUGAUGCAGCAGAAUGAUAUUGGUUAUGUAUUAAACGCCAGCAACACUUGUCCAAAGCCUGAUUUUAUUCCAGAGUCCCAUUUCCUGAGAGUGCCUGUGAAUGACAGCUUUUGUGAGAAAAUUUUGCCUUGGUUGGAUAAAUCAGUAGAUUUUAUAGAAAAAGCAAAAGCAUCGAAUGGACAUGUGUUAGUGCACUGUUUGGCUGGAAUAUCUCGCUCUGCCACAAUUGCUAUUGCAUAUAUCAUGAAGAGAAUGGAUAUGUCCUUAGAUGAAGCUUACAGAUUUGUGAAAGAAAAAAGGCCAACCAUUUCUCCUAACUUCAACUUUCUGGGCCAGCUUUUGGACUUUGAGAAGAAGAUUAAGAACCCGAGUGGUCAGCCUGGACAUAUUAGUAAGCUGAAACUUCUGCAUUUGGAAAAAAGCAGUGAGCACGUCCUGGUCCCAGAAGGUGGGCAGAGCAGCCUCCCCACCAGUCAGCUCUGCAUUACCUCUACCUCUGAGAUUGUGGAGCAGAAGUCAAUGGACUCCGGAAGUGUGCCAGGCACACGCUUGCCGUCUUUGGAAGACAGCCCACUGGUACAGGGCAUAAAUGGACUCCAUGUGUCCCUAGAUAAGGUAGAAGACAGCAACCGGCUGAAGCGCUCCUUUUCUUUGGAUAUCAAAUCUGUAUCCUACUCAGCAAGUAGCAACUGCGUGACUGCAUCCGUUCAGGGCUUUGCCUCCUCCGAAGACACUCUGGAGUACUACAAACAUGCAACUGCUUUAGAUGGUGGCAGCAAGUUGUGUCAGUUCUCCCCUGUCCAGGAGGUCUCAGAGCAGACCCCAGAAACCAGCCCUGAUAAAGAGGAAGCAAACCCUCCCAAGAAGCCCCAGAGCCCCUGGCAGCUGGAUAGCCAGAGCAAGUGGCAACACCCGGGUAGAGGCAGCAAUAGCACCACCACGCAGCGGUCACUCUUGUACCCCCUCCACCGGAGCGGGAGCAUGGAAGACAACUACCGAACAAACUUCCUGUUUGGUCUCUCCACUAGUCAGCAACAUCUGGCAAAGUCUGCAGCUGGGCUGGGCCUCAAAGGCUGGCACUCGGACAUCUUGGCUCCUCAAACAUCUGCCACAUCCCUUACCAACAGCUGGUAUUUUGCAGCUGAGUCCUCGCACUUCUACUCUGCCUCUGCCAUCUAUGGGAACACUGCAGCUUACUCUGCCUACAGCUGCAGUCAGCUGCCCACGGGCUGCGACCAAGCCUGUGCUGUGCGCAGGAGGCCAAAGCAGGGCGAUCGAGGUGACUCCAGGAGGAGCUGGCAUGAGGAAAGCUCUUUUGAAAAGCAGUUUAAGCGCAGAAGCUGCCAGAUGGAGUUUGGGGAGAGCAUCAUGUCAGACAACAGAUCCAGAGAAGAACUGGGGAAAGUAGGCAGUCAGUCGAGCUUUUCAGGCAGCAUGGAAAUCAUUGAAGUGUCUUGAAAUAGCAGACUUAUAUGACUUUACCAGAAUUGCUUCCCCCUCCAGGCUGCUCCCCCAGUGUUUGAGUUCCCUGUAAAUCUGAAAAGAACAAACUUUAUACAAAAGUGUGUGUGUGGGCCGGGGGGGAGGGGGGAAUGUGGGGUUUCAGUGUGAAUGCAGUGACUAGAUUAAUACAGCAAAGAAAUAGUAAGUGAGCAUCUGGACAAGGAGACCAAGUAUACUGUUGGGUUUUUCUCCUCUCCUUGCCUGGAGAAGGGCAGAGCAUUUCAAGUUUUCCCUGGCAGAUGAAGCAGUUAUAUGCAAUGGAUUGCACAUCCUUUCAAUGUUUUAAAUGGGAAGCUGUCUUGGUAUCAGACCAUUUCUCUGGUUCCACUGAGACGCACUUCUACUGAUCAAAGCUAGUUUGAUUCUCCCCUCCCCAUGCCCCAAGUCUUCACCAGUGCACCUUAGCCCUGACACUGAGCCAUCCUCUGGAGGGAGACCUUUCCCCUGUAAGAAGGGAGACUGAGAGUGAUUCCAAAGGAAGUAGGGACUGGUUACAGCAAGGCUGGACUGAAAACAGACUUCAGAAAAAUGUAAAUACUGGUGUAACUAUUGUUCUAAGGGAUAGGCUUUAGAUGAUUUGCUAGAGAGCUGCUUCAGAGAAAAACCAGUACCUCAGAAAUAUAAAAAAUAAACUUAGGGCUUUAUGGCUGCCAGUUGCUGGUAGUCAGUUCAUAAGCAAUGUGAACAAGUAACAACUAGCCACAUCUGAUUUUUUUUCUUUAAGCUGUCUACGCACAAGUGUUUCAGUUGGCUUAGCAGCAGCUUUUUUUAAGACAACAAGUGAACCAGACUUACGACUAUUUCCCCCAGUCUUUUUAAAUAUAAAAUAAACAGGAUUGUAUUUUUGAUAUUGGGUUACUAAGCUGGCUUCUGGGAGAGGGAUAGCUGUUUGGCUUCUAAGCUGUAAUGGAGUGGUUAAUACUUAGGGCUAUGUGCAAGAGAUAAGUGGUUGGUCAAAAUACUGCAGAAUCCUCUUUUUGCCAAUUGACAAUUCAAUAGAUAAAUUUUGAAGGGGUGUUUUUAGUAGGGCUUGGUGGGAUGAGCAGUAACAUUAAGGAACUGUUCCUCAUACACAGUUCCAGUCACAUGUCCUAAAAAAGCAGGUGGGAGUAAUUCCUGGGGUUUCCCCCCCCAGUAUCCGUGCCCAAACUGUGGGGACUCUGAGAUGGAUGCUCCCCAUCGGCUUUGCUGACUUCAUUUGAGAAAGAGAGAUCUGUUUUCAUUGGAUAACGAAACAGGGGGACUCCAGAGCCCCUCCUUGUAACAUGUGAAAGAAACUGGGUUUGCGAGGAGACGGCCUGCUCACCUCCAGCACGUGUGGCUCCAGAGGGACUUCAUUCAGGCUGUUGUCCUCGGCUGGAGUCUCAGUGCCCCUGGGUGCUGUUGCAUGGUUUGGCUGUGGGUGCUGUGAGCUGUGCUGCUGCUGGCCCAGGCACCUUUCUGGUCUGCACCAAGCUGGAGUAUCUGCUGGUGUCAUUCCCUGCUGCCAGCAGGGGUGUUUCACAGGAGAUCGGGCACAACCUUUUGUGUGUGUUGUUUUUGACAGUGAACCAGCUGCUUCCCCUCCAGCUUGUGAUUCUUGCGGUACGUUGGCUGCUGCUGCUUAAAUUGCCAUGUAAUACUGUAAACCUCUUACAGUAUUGUGAGGAGUGGUACCAAAGGCACAAGCUGUGCGCAUGUUCUCAAGCUCUUCCCCAGGACCCUUUACAACAUGCGUAUGGCUAUAGGCCUCAGCGUUUUGUCCAAUUUCAGUGCAGGCAGCUGAAAACUAUAAAUCAAAUGUAACAUACUUACCCCUGGCCAACAGCUUUUAGAAAGAAAAAAAAAAAAAUUCAAUGGAGGUCACUGAAGCCCUAAUUCAAGUCAGCAGCUUGGUUUUUUUUUGUUGUUGUUGCUGUUUUUUUUGUUUGUUUUACUGUAAGUUUAGCUAGUUUGUGACUCAAAUCUCAGGUUUUACUAUGUUGAAAAGUGGAGACAAUUUUUGUCUUUUUGUUUUGUUUUGUGGCUAGGAUGUGACUUAAUUUCCUAUGAUGGACUGCUUAAAAUAGCACUGAAAGCUACAGCAUUGAUUAACUUGAUCCUAAAAAGCAUGAGAGACACACAGAGAAGCAGCAACAGGAGUAAUUGAACCCAGAGGCUGUGUUCGUGACGUAUAUAUGAAAUGCCAAAAGAAAGGGUAGUCUGGACAAGGGACAGGUUGACACCACACUGUAAAGCAUGUCAGGUCUUGGCUAUUCAUUAAACACAGAGCCACUUGUCUAUGUUUACAUACCAAGUGAAAGUGAUUACAUUACAUCCAUUUUCAGCAUAUAUACACACUGUGUGCAUGUGUGUAUAUACACGUGUAAACCGUUUAGCAGUGCUCCUCUCAGCCAGAUUUCAGUUACAGCCCAUGUCUUUCUUUCAUUUAAAUUGGUUAAUGGGGGGAAAAAAUGCAUAAAUAAAUCCCUGCAGGCAGAAACAGAAUCUUCCUGGGUUUUGUGCUCAUUCACAUGUGUGUUCUUCCCCAUCUCGCUCUUUCUCUCCCUCUCUAUACACACACAAAUGUGUAUGUUUGGGCUCUGUUUGUUUAAUCUCUUUCUGGGGAACUGAAUUCUGGUUUUUGGGCUCCUCAUGAUUUCCAACAUGCUGCAGUCACUGACUGAAUCAAAGCUGGAGGCUUGGUAUGCUGGGGGACAGGGCCCUGCAGGAGGAAGCCUUAAGGCCAGAUCCUUUGCAGGGUGGUACCCCAUUUCAUUUCUGAACUAAUGUCCUGUACCUGAACAAUGCUGGAAAUGGCUUUUAGAUGUUUGGAAAGCAAAGUGGAGGACGGGAGGGGGAGAAACGUGUACAAUGUUCAGGAUGAAUUUAAUGUUCUUUGGUGUAUGGCAGGCUGGUUAAAUGGUUCAGAGAGAUGCAAGUUUCUCAUCUUGUUGUGUCCUAAGCAUUAUCUGUAUGUUAUGAUGAAAUAAAAUCAGAUGUGGUACCUGUUUCUAUAGAA